GUUGAAGUUAUGCAAGAGAGCUCGGCUUGUUCUCAACAUUCAACAGGCGCCCAGUCCUCCAUCGCAGUCGACCACCGACAGCCUCACAAGGUCCUCGUUCCCGUAGACGUCGAAGCACUCGCCCAGAAGAAAACCUGGUCGUAUCAGCCGACCAGCCUGCGGUCGACAGGACGCCGUGGUCAGAGGGGUAACAUUGACCGGAAUAGCCGCGUUUCUCACGGGCGACUCCGCUCUGCGCCCCAGCCGCCGACGCCCGUCUCCCUCUCCCCCUCACCCAUCCUCCGCCAUGACAGACCUGCAUCUGCAGGACAAUAGAUCAGCGUAUUCGCUCGCGACGGUCCACGACCCACCGUCGCCUUCUGCGCGCACGUCGCUCCUUUCGCAUGCCGACGAACCCCAGUAUGGCACGACACCACCCGCCGGGCCCUCGAACAAGCGGAUCCUCUUCACCGCGACGCUGAAGAUGGCCGCCAUCUUCAUCGUCAGCACAUUGUUUCUCGGCGGAACACUUUGGCUCGCGCUGCCAACACUAGACGAGGAGGACCGCCCAGAUCUUCGCAUCCCCAAAUCGUUUGCUCAGCUGCAGGCACUGAACGCUCUCCUUAAGAAGUACCGUGAUAUUUAUCCCUACCGCAUCGUUGUCUGCUAUGUUAUAACCUACCUAUUCCUACAAGCGUUCUCGCUUCCCGGGUCGAUGUACCUGUCCAUCCUCGGUGGCGCUGUGUGGGGCGUCCCGCGCGCCAUUCUGCUUGCAUGCACAUGCGUAGCGUGCGGCGCGACGCUCUGCUACCUCAUCAGCGCCGCGCUCGGGCCCGCCCUUCUCACGAUGCCCAAGUAUAAAGCGCGCGCCGACGUCUGGGCAGACAAGAUCAGCGCACAGCGCGACAACCUCAUCUCGUACCUCAUCGUGCUCCGCAUCGCACCGCUCCCGCCGCACUGGGUCGUGAACGUCCUCUGCCCCCACCUCGGGAUUGGCAUCUUGCCGUUCUGGACUAGCACAUGGCUCGGCAUCCUCGGGGUGACUGUCAUCCACACCACGAUCGGCGGCAGCCUCGACGAGAUGACGUCCCCGGACGAUUUCCACCUCAUCUCAUGGAAGAACUUCUUCAUGCUCGCCGCCGUCGUCGUCGGCGUGAUGAUUCCCGUUGGCCUGCGCUACUUCUUCAAGCGCGAGCUCGCAACCGUCGUCGAUGUCGAGGCGGACGCGGAGAGCCUCGCCGAGCAGUACCGCGACGACGCGAGCGACGUCAUCCUUGCGCAGGGCCCCGCCGUCGGCCCCGGCAAGGGCAAGGACACGAAGCUCAUCAGCCUCUCGGACGAUGAGGACGACUACUCGGACGGCGAUCCGGACGAGGACAUCAUCCUCGAAGCAGGACCUGCGCUUGUCGUGAAGGCGGAUGAGCCCGCAGAGCCGGCUCGCCGGGAGUGGCGACAAGAGGAUUUGCUGUGACGAUGUUAUGACUCCCCCCGUCGGGUACGCGGACGCUUGCGAAGUGCUCGGAGGUAUGAUGAGAUAGAUGUGUACGCUUAAUAACCGCCGACCGAUGCUUCCCUCCCUUGUGUUAGUUAGAUCCAUGGAUUCGGUUCUUGAGGUAACAUAUUUUCUGUAGUUGCAUUGCUGCUGUAUGAUGACGAAUAGUGUAUCCAUGAUACAGUUUGUGGUUUUGGUUUCCUGCCGACAGCC